AGACACUUGACACGCAGUGGCCCUCGCCUCCUGGUUUUCCCAUGUUGUUCACGGUGCAACAUAAAUGGCUCAUUUUUAGAUCCGUCAAAGAGAGAGGCCUCGGCGGAUGGAUCGAUUGGAUGUACCAGCCGUCUGACAAAUAGACGUACAUAAAAUACAACGCGGUUUGAGUUUUUUGAGCUUGCGCUAACAGCAAAAGAGGAGGUUCAGAAUAGAGUCCUUUAUUUAUUUCUUUGUUUCCAGUGAGGAAAAAUAAUAACAGCGAUAUAUAUAUCACAGGCACUUCAUUUAUUAUCUUUGUCUGUAUACACAAGAAAACUGGAUAAGAUUACAGUGGUUAAUCAAAGGCCCAAGCCAAGUGGAGGAGGAUGAAGCGGCGCAAUGCGGACUGCAGCAAACUCCGACGGCCGUUAAAACGGAACCGAAUCACCGAGGGUAUAUACGGCAGUACCUUUCUGUACCUGAAAUUCUUGGUGGUGUGGGCCCUGGUGCUACUGGCGGACUUUGUGCUGGAGUUCAGGUUCGAGUAUCUUUGGCCCUUCUGGCUCUUCAUCCGGAGUGUGUACGACUCCUUUAGAUACCAAGGGCUGGCCUUCUCAGUAUUUUUUGUGUGUGUGGCAUUUACCUCCGACAUCAUUUGCCUCCUCUUCAUCCCAGUGCAAUGGCUGUUCUUCGCUGCCAGUACCUAUGUGUGGGUGCAGUAUGUUUGGCACACAGAAAGGGGGGUCUGUCUGCCCACCGUGUCUCUAUGGAUACUCUUUGUGUACAUAGAGGCAGCCAUCAGAUUCAAAGACCUGAAGAACUUUCACGUGGAUUUGUGUCGCCCUUUUGCUGCGCACUGCAUCGGCUACCCAGUGGUCACACUGGGCUUCGGCUUCAAGAGCUACGUAAGCUAUAAAAUGCGUCUCCGGAAGCAGAAAGAAGUGCAGAAGGAGAAUGAGUUUUACAUGCAGCUCCUGCAGCAGGCACUGCCUCCAGAGCAACAGAUGCUUCAGAGGCAAGAGCGAGAAGCAGAAGAAGCAGCAGCAGCAGUUAAAGGAAUAUCUGAAGUGGACACGCUUACAGUGUCACAGAAUGGCGCCCCAGCCAAUAAAAAGACAUCGGCACCACUGCCGGAGCUAGAGUACAGAGAAAAAGGGAAAGAAGGAAGGGGUGGUGGGGAGGCUAAAAAGCAGCACAACAGCAUCCUGCCAUCAUCAGUGGACUCUAAACUCCAAGAGAUGGAGUAUAUGGAGAACCAUAUGAACAACAAGAGACUGACCACAGAGCUGGGCAGCACAGAGAACCUGUUGCUUAAAGAGGACAACACUUCCCCCUCCUCCUCCUCCAAAAACUUCAAAAAUGCGAGCAGCAAUGCCAUGACGCUCAACUCCUCACCCCGCGGCCAUAGUGCAACCAAUGGCAGCCUGCCCUCCUCCGCUCCAUCUUCCUCCUCUUCCACAGGGAAGAACGAGAAGAAGCACAAGUUAGCAGUGGGGAAGGGGACGUCAGGUGGCUCCCACAGAGAUCCCACAGACAACUGUAUCCCCAACAACCAGCUGAGCAAGCCAGAAGCACUUGUUAGGUAAGCACACGAUCAGACAUGCAUAUUCAUCUGGCUACAGGCCAAUUAACAAACAAAAAUGACCCGCCGCAGCCAGAUUGGCUCGCUAGGCGGUGCUGAGCGCUCCAUACGCACUGAGCUGAGCCAGCUGCGCCAGGAGAACGAGCUGCUGCAAAGCAAGCUUCAUAAUGCUGUGCAGGCAAAACAGAAGGACAAACAAGCAGUGGGCCAACUGGAGAAGAGGCUUAAAGCAGAGCAGGAGGCUCGAGCCUCCGCUGAGAAACAACUCACAGAUGAAAAGAAGCGAAAGAAGUUAGAGGAGACCACAGCAGCCAGAGCAGUAGCAUUAGCAGCAGCAUCCAGAGGGGAGUGCACAGACACGCUGCGACGGCGGAUCACUGAAUUGGAAACGGAGUGUAAGAAACUAUCAAUGGACAUCAAGCUAAAGGAAGACCAGAUCAGAGAGCUCGAACUGAAAGUGCAGGAGCUUCAUAAAUAUAAAGAGAAUGAAAAAGACACAGAGGUGCUGAUGUCAGCGCUGUCAGCCAUGCAGGACAAGACCCAGCACCUCGAGAACAGCCUAAGUGCAGAGACCAGGAUCAAACUGGAUCUCUUCUCUGCACUGGGAGAUGCCAAGAGACAGCUGGAGAUUGCACAAGGUCAGAUCCUGCAGAAGGACCAAGAGAUCAAAGACCUGAAGCAGAAGAUAGCUGAGGUGAUGGCUGUCAUGCCCAGCAUCUCCUAUACAGCUGACACCAGCAGCAUGACCCCCGUGACCCCCCACUACUCUUCUAAGUUCAUGGACACCACUCCCUCCGGCCUAGACCCCAACGCCUCCAUUUACCAGCCACUCAAGAAAUGAACGCUUUAUCUCGCCACCUCCCUCCAUCCAUUCAUCUUCUCAUCAUUUUUAUUUCUCCUGCAGGCCCACCACCUCCCAGUCUGCUCGGCAUGUCUGCGGCUGACAAAUUUUUUUGUUUGUUUUGCUUUUUUUAAAUGGGGUUUCUUGGUUUCUCCUUGCCAGGUCAGAAGGAUGUUGUAUUGUGUGACUGUAUUUGUUGUAGUUAAAACAAAACACCAAAAAAAAAAGCAUAAAAUGGACAUCACAUAUCAACUAGGAAGUCCCGAUUAUUAUUUUCUUUCUUCAAGUGUCUAGUGAAACCUCACAGAAUCGGGUUUGUAUCUUCAUCUCAAAGGGUGUUUCCACCACCCACCACUGCAACCACUUACCUGCUCUUUGGUCCUGGGGAAUAGCUGCUUUCAUUUUUAGGCAGAUUUUUUUUAUUUAUUUUUUUUUAUUUAUUAAUACCUCCUAAAAGUUGGAAACCAGAGCUCACUUCAUCCUACAUCCUGACCUGUACCCCAGUUUCUCUGACAGAUUGUUUCUCUCCCAAGGUAGUAUUGGCUACGUCUGUACAACCAGAGGAAUGUAAUGUAAAGAUGGCACAGACUCUGCCCUGUUGUGUUUAAUUUAUUCUUUUAAUUCACAGACACCAAAUUAACCCUGGUCUCUACCGCUUUGGGGUUUGGUGGUAAAUAGUUUUUAAAAUUUAUUGUGUGGUUCUGUUUGUUCAUUCUUUAAGAUUCAAGUUUUGAUUUCAACAAGUUGGAAAAGAUUGUGUGUUUAAGCAGAAACAAAUAUUCUAAAUUUAAACAAAACAAACCCACACAGCGCCAAAUGUUCAGCAUCAGUGAAAACUGCAGUUUGGUUUGCCCUUACUGUGUUUUCCCUUGAAGGAGUGCAGUAAGAGAAGCCUGUGUGUAUGAGUGUACAGUACUCCGUCUUUCAUCACUUAUCAUGAUCACAGUGCCUUGAGUUGAGAACACAGAGAUCAAGUUUGAAUAUAAAUUCUUUGGGAAGCAUCUGGCUAAGCUGUGGAGGAUAAGAAUUUGACCUCACCCAGUUAAAGUUGGAUAAAAUUUGCCUUGAGACACUGAUUUGGUUUUUGGACUCCCUGCUAAGUUUCCCACAGGCAGGGAUCCCGAUCUAUCGUGUUCACUCAGUGCCAGCUUUGUCGCUUAUUACGUGAGGCACAUUUAACAUAUAUUUGACAGCACCAAGUCUAAGACUUUUCAAUACACUCUUAUUUGCCUGUUGUCACUAUGUUGACGUGUCAUUGGCCUCCACAGAGUCUACUGCACACAGGUCCGCGGCUCAUCACGUCCGCUCACAGAAACUCAUUUCUACUGCUGUAAAUCCCUCAGUUUAGCUGCUGCUCCUUCUUUUGUUUAUGGUUUCCAGUUUAAAGUUGCACUGUAGAAAAUGCACCCUGUGUUGAAAGGGAAACUGUAAAGACCGUCUGUGCAAUGUAAACAAUGUUUUGGAGAAGCAAACUUCGAUAUAGCAGUUAAAUAUUUUUAUUUAAUUAAUCUUCCACUUUGGUUCAUGUGCCAAGACUGGAAUGCUUGUUUCUCUAGUAAUGUGUUAAAGAAUGUACUGCAAAUACAUUGGCUGACAUGUUUGUCAAAUAUCCAGCUGAACAUACCUUAAUGGCAGUUUUUGUGAAGCAUGUAGAGGAAGUGGUCACCUGUUGGUAGUACACCGUGUUGUUAAAAGUAAAGGACUAGAAAGUCAGGUUUCUUUUUGUGAAUGUUACAGUAUUUACUCUCGGGCAAGUAGCAGUGUUCCUUGCUCCUGUUUCUGGUAUUGUUCUGUUCCUGCAGGGAGAAACUCGCUCAUGGUUUCACCAUCAUCUGAAGUGGUCAUUGUUGUGCUUGUGGUUGUCACCUACUGUAAAUGGACAAGCUUUUUUUUUUGCUCAGAUAUUUGUCAUUGGGGGGGGAAAUGUGAGAAUUACAUUUGAGGCAGUUGUUUGGUCAACUGAUUGUUGGAAGUAUAGAGAGAAGGGUGUUUUUUUUUUUUUUUUUUUUUUUUGUUUUUUUUCUCCCCGCAUUUCCUAUGCCCACACUGCUCUGUUUCUCCCCAGGUCUGACCUUGGCUGCGCUCCUGCUCUGUGAGGUUUACAAGGAAUAAACUUUUUUUUUUU